CGUUUGACAGCAGCGUCGAACGAACGAACUUUUAUUGUGAAGUCGAAGCUCCUUCAAUGCUGACCCGGAACUAUAUAUAAUAUGGUUGAAUUCUGAAGGGUUUCAGGUCAUAGAUUGUAGUAAAACACGAGUAAGAAAUAAAAAAAAGUAUUCCUGGUACUGGAGAACUUAAUCAAGCGACAACAACAAAGGGACAACUGGUAAGAAUUGUUUCUUUCCCUGACCUCCUGGCUGCAGAUCUACAAUGUCCAGAUCACGUUUGUCCCUGCUUCAACUGUCCCACCUAGCAUGGAGACUCCGUAUGUUUCCUUCCGCUGCGUCACAGGUACCUGCUGAAACCUGCGCCUACAGCAGCGACGUCAAGGUGCGCUCUUACUUUCAGUACAUGAAACGCAAGCUGAUAUCCCCUCCCAGUCCUCCGUACCACCACGUGUGUCAGGUCGGUGAUCCGGUGCUGCGUUCAAGAGCUGCGGCUGUUGACCCUGCUGCUAUCAGGGGUCCUGAUGUUCAGGAAGUCAUCAACACUCUAGUCAAGGUCCUACGUAAAUUUGAGUGUGUUGGACUGAGUGCCCCUCAGAUCGGGAUACCGCUUCGAAUCCUGGCUUUGGAGUAUCCUCAAAAGAUGCUGCUUGAAUGUUUGCCCGCCUCAAGAAAAGUUUGUGAUAUUUCUGUUCAGCCACUGAGAAUAUUUAUCAACCCCGAGCUGAGGGUGCUGGACAGAAACACAGUUAUCUUCCAAGAGGGCUGUGAGAGCAUCUCAGGCUUUUCUGGCGCAGUUCCCCGCUAUCUGUCUGUGGAAGUAUCAGGUCUGAAUGAGAACGGAGAAACUGUGACUUGGCAGACCACAGGAUGGCCUGCUCGAAUCCUACAGCAUGAAAUGGACCACUUGGAUGGCGUUCUCUACAUCGACCGAAUGGACAGCAAGACUUUCAUAAACGUCAACUGGCAGGAGAACAAUGAAUGAAAAAGCAUCAGGAGUCUCUGUGAGUGAGGGACACAAAAGAAAUGCACAACGACUUCUCUGAAACUAUUCACCUGGAUGGCCAUUUUCACAACUUCUGCGGUGUCCAUUUUUGCACCUCUGUUCUUACACUUAGGGUCUGAUCUACUAAAAUAAGUACUAAAUAGCGUAUACAAAGUAUAAGUGAAGUGAAGUGAUUACAUUUAUAUAGCGCUUUUUCUCAAGUGACUCAAAGCGCUUUACAUUGUGAAACCCAAUAUCUAAGUUACAUUUAAACCAGAGUGGGUGGCACUGGGAGCAGAUGGGUAAAGUGUCUUGCCCAAGGACACAACGGCAGUGUCUAGGAUGGCGGAAGCGGGGAUCGAACCUGCAACCCUCAAGUUGCUGGCACGGCCGCUCUACCAACCGAGCUAUACUGCCCCUGGUGUAGUAUAAGGCGUGUUGCGGGUGGUGCCAAAAUGUGCUAAAUAUAGACUCAACACAGCGGCCGUAAAACAGUUUUAGGUUUGAUAAAUCACAUUGCGAGGUUUAAAUGAUUAUAAUUGCAUUUCCUCCUCCCGGCAUUGUGUUCUAAUAAUCUGCGUAUAUGCUGCAUAUACAGUACAGGCCAAAAGUUUGGACACACUUUCUCCUCAUUCAAAGAGUUUUCUUUAUUUUCACGACUAUUUACAUUGUAGAUUGUCACUGAAGGCAUCAAAACUAUGUAUGAACACUUGAUAGCGCACAAAGCUGAUUUACUAGAAUCUCUUAAAUAAGCUAAAUAGCGAGCGCAAUCCUUCAUAUACAGUACAGGCCAAAAGUUUGGACACCUAAUUCAAUGCGUUUUCUUUAUUUUCAUGACUAUUUACAUUGUAGAUUGUCACUGAAGGCAUCAAAACUAUAAAUUAACACGUGGAGUUUAUGUACUUAACAAAAAAAGGUGAAUUAACUUAAAACAUGUUUUAGAUUCUAGUUUCUUCAAAACAGACAGCCUUUGCUCUGAUUACUGCUUUGCACACUCUUGGCAUUCUCUCGAUGAGCUUCAAACACACCUGUGAAGUGAAAACCAUUUCAGGUGACUACCUCUUGAAGCUCAUCGAGAGAAUGCUAAGAGUGUGCAAAGCAGUAAUCAGAGCAAAGGGUGGCUAUUUUGAAUAUAAAACAUGUUUUCAGUUAUUUCUAGAGAUGUCCGAUAAUAUCGGCCUGUGCGUUAAACUAUAAUAUUGGAAAUUAUCGGUAUUGUUUUUUUUAUUAUCGGUAUGUUUUUUUUUAUUAAAUCAACAUAAAAAAACACAAGAUAAACUUACAAUUAGUGCACCAACCCAAAAAACCUCCCUCCCCUCAUUCACACAAAGGGGUUGUUUCUUUCUGUUAUUAAUAUUCUGGUUCCUACAUUAUAUAUCAAUAUAUAUCAAUACAGUCUGCAAGGGAUACAAUUCGUAAGCACACAUAUUAGUGGACCAGCAUGCUGCUGGUCCACUAAUAGUACGAACCUUUAACAGUUAAUUUUACUAAUUUUCAUUAAUUACUAGUUUCAAUGUAACUGUUUUUAUAUUCUUUUACUUUCUUUUUUAUUCAAGAAAAUGUUUUUAAUUUAUUUAUCUUAUCUUAUUUUGUUUUAUUUUUUUUAAAGUACCUUAUCUUCACCAUACCUGGUUGUCCAAAUUAGGCAUAAUAAUGUGUUAAUUCCACGACUGUAUAUAUCGGUUGAUAUCGGUAUCGGUAAUUAAAGAGUUGGACAAUAUCGGGAUAUCGGCAAAAAGCCAUUAUCGGACAUCCCUAGUUAUUUGACCCUUUUUUGUUAAGUACUUAACUCCACAUGUGUUCAUUCAUAGUUUUGAUGCCUUCAGUGAUAGUCAUGAAAAUAAAGAAAAUGCAUUGAAUGAGAAGGUGUGUCCAAACUUUUGGCCUGUACUGUAUAUGAAGGAUUGCGCUCGCUAUUUAGCUUAUGUAAGAGAUCCUAGUAAAUCAGCUUUGUGCACGAUCAAGUUUGCACGUUUUAAUACACGCAAACAUUUUAAUAGUGGUGAAGUGUAGGGACAGAACGGUAUCUAAAAAAAAUCUGGGUGUGCAUUGAGUAACGUGAGGAGAAGCAGGAGUUGUGUUAGACAUGGCGAGCAGACUUUUUUUUAGCAACCAGUCAGAGAUAGAGACCCAUUGUGUAGUUCUGCUGUAUGGCAGCACUUUAGCAGACCUGACAACUCUUUGGGAUUCUCUGGAUAUUUCCCUUGUUUGAAGUUACGAAUCUCGCUGAUCGUGGUGUUUUUGUGUGGCAUAAAAUAUUGUAGCUUUUGCCUGAAAGUUGAAAAGAUGACGAAGAGGUGGUCGAUCAACAAUCACUUUAUGAAAACAUAUACAACUGUAUCAAAUUCCCCACGGUCAUCCAAUCGCCACUCAGGACACAUUCAAUGACGCAAACUGUCGGAAUAUACAACUCUAAAGCAGGAA